GCGACAGCCUCCCCACCAAGACGCGUGUUCUGAACCAGGACCCUGAGCAGCUGGAAUCCAGUUUUGUAUCUGCUUUUAGGUCCAUUUCAGUCCAGUGGAAUGGGGGACACGAGCCGACUGUGCUCCGUGUGGCUGGGUUCGGAGACCGGUAUCCUGAAGGGGGUCAGUUUGUCCCGAAAACAGGCCUUCAACUUCUGCAACACGAGCCACCUGAGCCGCGACCAGGAGGUCCGCGCGCUGUGUUGGGGGGACCCGGCGGAGAGCGAGCUGCUGGUCGGCUCCGUGGACGGAACCGUCAAGACCUUCAGCACCGAGAAGGGGGCCUUCACCGAGACCCGACGCUACGGAGAACCCGCCGAGGGCUGCUUCACCGGCCUCGCUGUGCUGAGCGGCUCCGCGCUGGUCACCUGCGUGGAGUGCGGGACGCUGCGGGUCUGGAGGGAGGACAGCAGCGAGGCCGUGACGGAGCUGGACGCGGGGAAGAACGUGUGCCGGAUGCGGCAGAGUCCGGUACACCGACACAAAGUCGCAACCGGCGGGAAGGAGAACGGGCUGAAGAUCUGGGACCUGGAGAGACCGGAGAAGCCCCUGUUCACUGCAAAAAACCUGAGGGACGACUGGCUGGAUCUACGGCGGCCGCAGUGGGUCAGGGACAUGGCCUUCAUCCCGGACUCCGAGAAGGUGGUCACGUGCACAGGUUACCAUCAGGUCCAUGUGUUCGACCCCUCGUCCCCUCAGCGCCGUCCCGUCCUGGAGGUGGAGUAUGGCGAGCACCCGCUCACCGCUCUGUCUCUGCCCGCCGCUGGUAACGCAGUGGUGGUGGGAAACACCCACGGCCAGAUUGCCGUGCUGGACCUGAGGAAAGGUCUGGUCCGUGGCUGUCUGAAGGGGCUGGUGGGGGGCGUGCGGGGGCUGCAGUGCCACCCCUCCCAGCCUGUGGUGGCGUCCUGUGGCCUGGACCGCUUCCUUCGCAUCCACGGCCUGGAGGACCGCAAACUGCAGCACAAAGUCUAUCUCAAGUCUCGCCUCAAUUGCGUCCUGCUGGCCAGCCGAGACUUGGAGGACGGAGGGGGGGCGGCGGGCCAGGGGGGGCCUCCAGAGGUGAAGGAGGAAGGAGACGAUGACGAGCUGUGGGACACCAUGGAGCAGGUGGAGGAGAGGCCAAAGAGAAACCCAGAGGAGGAGGAAGAGCUUCAGAAGAAGAAGAGCAAGAAGAGAAAGAAAGAACAAGACUGAGGGGCGUUUGCUGUAUGAUCAGAGUGUGGGCCAUUUGGGCGCCAUCAGUGAGACUGGAACAAAUAGGAGAUAAGAGCUCCAUCUUUCAGCUGUGUGUUGAUCAGAGACUAAACUGUCUCUACAAACGUGUUUUCUCUUUUUAAAACAGCUUGUCAGUUGUUUCAUGACUGAUAUUAAUUUAACGAGCAGUUCUCUUUGUUUAUAAUCUGAUCACUUUUUCCUGCCUGAAGGUGACAGUGAAGGUAACAAAAGAUGAGUUCAAGGACAGAUAUCUGUGUCAGAUAUUAUUUUUCUACAGUAAAUCACUGUGUCCUGUCUAAACCAAAGCUGUCCUGGUUUUUAUGUGUUUGUGAUGCAUUUAAUGUCUGAAAUCUCUGUUCUCAACAUAAAGUCAUAACAAUC